AUGUUCCGCGCCAUGAUUCUGCAUUUGGAAAUUGACGCCGUCACAUAUUGCGAACGCCUUCUCUCUUUUUUAAUAGAUUUAGAAGCUCAAUUGACUACCAGACGUUUCUUCAAUUCUUUGCUCCAUUCAAGCCAUAUACUCACCCAUUGUUGUCUUUCCCAAUUUAUCCGUUCAGAGCAUGGCUCUCUCUUUUGUGAGCUUUUUUCAAUGCUUAAAUUUUAUGCUCGUUUUGAAAUUGAUGAACUUAGUGGACAACAAUUGCUACAGGCUGAGGUAACCAAACGACAUUAUGAAUUUGUUUCUCAAUUACAAGCUGCCGCGUUCAAAUUUCUAAAUGAAAAAUUGGCUGAAUUUUGUUUGUUACCAGUUGGAUCUGUUGAUUCUAGUAAAUUUUUGCGUGAACAACUUGGCUCUUUAAGUUGUGAUGACCUCUACAAACUUGCAGAAUUUUUAAAUUUGGUCCCUUCAUUGAGUGAAAAGGAUGAAAAUUUAGUUGAAAAUUAUUGUCGUUAUGAUGAUCCAAAUUACUUAAUUGAAGCUAUAAUUUUUGUUUGUGAACGUAGACCUUCACAAUUGCAACGCUUAAAUGCUGAACCUCUUUAUCCUAGUGAAAAAGUGAUUUGGGAUGAAAAGUUAAUUCCAUAUGAUCAUUAUGAUGGUAAAAGUGUUCUUCCUUUAAACAAAUUAAAUUUACAAUUUUUAACAACACAUGAUUAUUUACUUAGAAAUUUUAAUCUUUUUAGAAUGGAAUCGACAUAUGAAAUUCGUCUCGAUUUGGAAGAUGUUAUGUUUCGAAUGAAACCUUGGAAACACGAAUUUAAUGAAUCUGAUGUUGUUUGGGGUGGUUGGGCAAAAAUGGCACUCCCAGUUACUAGUUGUAGAAUUGUGCAUGUUGGAAGGCCUUUGGUUGGAGAGUCUGCUCCUUCCGAAGUUCGUGCAGAUCUCCAAAUAACUUUACCUUCAAGAGAAGAUUUGCGUCAAGAUUGGAUGUCUCUUCGAAAAAAUGAUGUUCUUUUUUUACUUAAAGUUAAACCUAUACAAAAAGUUGGCUAUAAAUUUGAUUUUCGACGCCCAUUUAAAGAACAAUUUGGAAUUUGUAUAGUUAGAGGGUGUGAAGUUGAAGGAAUUUUGACGGCUGAGGGAAAAAUACUUGAUGAAAUGGGUUUGUGUUUUUUGUAUUUCUGGGGGAAUUAAAGUUGGGAAUAUUAAAGAGAGAAAACACAAGUUUUGAUAGUGAAAUACA